AUGGAACAUACGCCCAGAAAAAAUCCAAAAAAAGAAAAAACCGACAACGAACUAGAAAUAGAGCUAAUGAGGAGUACAUUGGAAGAGGCGAUUAUGGAAACGCGCAGUACUCUCAAAAAUCGACCGCGACUUACCCGCAUAGCCCUAAGCAAGCGGAAUCGGGCUGUCGUGAGGGCUCUGAACCCAAUGCUGGUGACCUAUUUGGAAGCCAGCCGGGACCUUUGCGAUACGGACUCGAUUCUUUUUGGCACCGCGCUGGCAGUCUGCCGUAUCAUAGGUGCCAAGGUUUCUACGGCUGGACGCGCUACUGGCCAAAGUAGUGGAGAAAAAGAAUUAAGGAGCGUAUCGCAAGGGCUAGAGCUCUCAUCGGCAGACUGA